AUCCUGCUGCUUGUUGCAGGACGGCUCAUUGUGCGCAGGAGGCACCAGUUUAAGCUGUCCUCAUUGCCAAGGCAGUCCUUCACACCAAGAACAUGGAAGGCUUAUGGAAAGGCUGUGUGCUGCUGAUAGCCCUCUGCUUGGCUGCUUACCAAGCUACCGCAAGUCCUCUGACUUGGGAAAAAGAAUGUGUAGAAGACUCAGAAACAAGGUGUCAGGAUUUCCCAACAGCACUAAAAUGUGGGACCUUGGAUCACUGUCAACAAACCAUGAACAAGUCCCCUGAGUUCAACUUCAGGUGUUCUAUAUGUAAACUUGUUGUAAUCAUGAUGGCAAAAGUUAUACAAGACAAUACCACAGAUGAAAGACUCUCUAGGUUCUUGGAGCGAGGAUGCCAGUAUCUUCCCUUCCAAGACUGGGCAGUCAAAUGCAAGAAGAUGGUAGACACUGGAGUUAUAAUUCUGGUUGAACUUGGAAGACAAGUACAGGAUAGGCCUGAAAUAGUGUGCACUGCUUUCAAAUUGUGCAUCCAGAAAGAAACUUCCCAAGGAGCUCUGAAGUUCCAGAAGCCACUGCAGUCCAAUGAAGGGCCUGAACUGGACUUCCCCCAAAUUAUGUCUCCUUUCAUAGCUAAUGUCCCUCUUCUCCUUUAUCCUCAAGAGAAGACUCAGGAGAGAGAAGAUUCAUGCAGAGAGUGUACAAAGGUAGUUGCUGAAAUGAAGGAAGCCGUGAAGAACAGUCCCUUCUUUGUUGAGUCCUUAGCUGCCUACGCCAGGCAACACUGUGAUAGUCUGGGGCCUGUUUUGGCCACUGAGUGUAAGAAGUAUGUCUUCCAAUAUGCACAUAUUUUUAUACAGCUGCUGACAGAGUACUUGGUAAGUCAACCACAGGUUAUUUGUAGAGAAGCUGGAUUCUGCAACUCUCCACAGUCUGAGCCUGUUCAUUCUUUACUAUCAGACAGCCACUUUCAUGAAUUGUAUGCAGCGCUGGUUGAGGAGCAGGCUGUAAUGCAGGAAAAGCCCUUUUUGGUAUGCAGUAUGUGCAAGAAAGUGAUUGAGGCAGCAGAAGGUCUAUUGGAGAACAACAGAACAGAAGAGGAAAUAGUCCAUGGAAUGUUGAAAUUCUGCUAUGUACUGCCACAUGAGGUCUUAGCCCAGUGCAAGGACUUUGUUGAUUCCUAUGGGAAGGCUGUGGUUGUUAUGCUUCUGGAGGCAACUAAACCUGAAUCUGUGUGCACCAUGCUAAAAUGCUGUCCCAAAGACCUCUCUUUGACCAUUGAGAUGCUAGCUCUGCAGCAGUUAGCGAACUAUUUUGACACACACAAGGCCAAAGAAUUCUGCCAUGUAUGUACAGUCCUUAUUAAAUAUGUUGAUGAGACACUGGAGAGGAAUGAAACGCAGACACACAUUGGAACUGUGCUUACUAGAGGCUGCCAGUUGCUGCCAGAAGCUUUGGUGUAUCCGUGUGAUCAGCUUGUGGAGCAAUAUGAACCAGCUGCCGUCCGCCUUCUGAUUCAGGUCAUGGAGCCAACCUUUGUAUGCACUAAAAUAGGAGCCUGUCCUGAAUCCCAUCUUUUGGGCAUGGAAGCCUGUGCCCGGGGCCCUGCCUACUGGUGCAUGAACACAGAGACUGCAGCUCAGUGCCAAGCCACUGAAUAUUGCAGACGUCAUAUAUGGAACUAGAGGAAACCAGUUCAGUUGGGUGAACGUUGCUUUUACUUUGAAAUCCUGGAAUUUGGUGGGAAAGAGAAAUAUCUAAAAGCUUGGAAGAACCCCAUAUUUCUUUUCUACCUUCGGUUUCAUUUGUAGUAUGGCUCCUCACUAGGUGUUUACACUGCUCAAGGGGGGAAAGUCUCUUUGGUAUUCUUUUGUAAUGAUGCUGUAAAACACCA